CUUGUUUUUGCUUGACUUGCUCAUAGAGAGAGUGCCUAGACAAUCAUGGAUGGGCUGUGCUGGGCGGACGCGGCUGAAACAAACGAUUACGAAUGGGAUUGGCUUCAAGAAGAUGAUGCGUUGCUUCAAGAGCGCAUUAAGAAGCAGGAAGAAGAGACUCAGACGCUGUUUGAGAUGUGCAAGUGGCUGCCAGAUUGGUUGAAAACGCAUCGAUGGUUUGGCAUUCCCGAAGAGGUGGAACAGCAUUUGCACAAGAUGGAGGACAAUGGCGACAUUUUGCGGUUGCAGGAGCAAGAAGAGCAUUGUCAGAUGCUCAAGGCCAAAUGUACCGACAUCGAGUAUGAUGCAGAAGUCUGCAAAGAACAAGAAGUCGAAAAGAGAAAGUCCCAGGCUUUGCACGAUCCAACAGCGACCACAUUAUUCAGCCGGCGCAAAACCACUUUCCGGCACUCCAGCUGGUUUGGAGGAGGAAAAGAACUUUCGCAACAUGCCACACUGAAAGCAGAGUUGCGUGCUGCAGAAGAAGAGGUGGACAUCCAGCGCAACGAGAUCAAUCGCAGAAGACGGUCUUUGGCAAUGCAUAUGAGUGUCGAUCCAGACUUUAGAGGGGGCUAUCGACUGAAGCUCUUUGACACUGCCGGGCCAGCCAUUCGAUGGAUGUUUUUGGCGACCUUUUGCCGCUUCUUGGCCAUUAUUCUACUGCCCUUUGUCGCGGUGAAGUUCACCAAGUGCACCAGCGACCGCACCUUCGCAGAGUACGAGCCGUGGCUAUGGGGCCCGUGUGGCGUUUGGAUGCUCCUUAUGCUGUUGAUAGAAUGGAAGUGCUUUACCUUUGUUGUUGCGCCCAUGCUGGUUUGGCUGAAGGAGUACAAGAUCUUCAAGUGGAAAGUGCGGUUUAGAUUCUGGUUGCCGUCCAUGCUGUUCUUGUCCGUUGCUUGGCGCAUGGACGUUUGGUCACAGGGAUUAAGCUUGGCAACCGCUUGGCGCUCCCAUGAAUGCUCAGGCCAUCACAAGCUGGAGAUAGUUUGGGAAGAGGCUUGGAAAGAAUCCUUUGUCUCCUGGUUCCAUCCAGGGAAAAACUUAGAAUUCAUCGCCGGUUUAGCAUGGUUUGUGCUGUUGAUGCAAUUGCUUCUAUACUUUUCAAGGGCUGUUCCAACAAGAAUCGUGGAUUACAGUUGCGGUUCAGAACAACGUGGCUACAUUGCCCCACUGGGCUGCACGCGCAUUUGGCAUGCGGAUGCCUUGAAGACAUUUGCAAGUCUAAACAAUAUGAGCAUGGUCUUGGCCAACCAGCGUCGAUACAGCACCGCGCGCGCGGACUGGAAGUUGAUGAGUGGCGGCCAUGAAGAGGAGUUCUUCCGGAUUCUGAAAAUGGACAUGCGAAGUAUGGUUUGGGACAUGGCCUUUCAGAACCUCCUACUGCCCUGUGCAAAGCUGCAGGCCCAAACUGCCAUGUUUGCACUUCUCUUGCACAUGGAUAAAGACAAGGCGAAUUUGCUUCGUAUCGCAACCCAGCACUGGCAGUCUUUGCUUUGCCUAUGCCUUUCACAUUUGACUUCGACUAUGGCGCUCUUCAACGCGGGCACAGUCUUGCUGCAAGUGAAGGAAAGCAGAGUUUAUACCCGCAAGGAGCGAGCUAAGAAGAUGGACAGUGAUGCCUGGAAUGAGUACGGUAAGAUGGCACAUUGGGAGAGAUUGGCCUGGCUAAUUGUGGGAUUGCAGUUGCUAUCAGAGCUCUGGUUCGCCUGCAAGUUGAUGAUGGCCUUUCGCUGCGAGAGUUCCUUGUGGAAUUUGCCACCCAUCAUCACUGGAAGCUGGAACAUUAUGGAGGGUUGCUAUGAGCUGGCCACAGAUGCCAAAGGCUGAAACUGACCCAGCCGAGACUCAGCGCACUCCGUCUCACCGGUUAGAAGAUCUCGCCGCUUAGAACCCAAAUGGGUUUGACAUCAGUGCCUAAUGCUACUGAGCCCAAAGAUGACCCCAGUAGCUGGGUGCGACCGACACGCCGACACACGCAAUGCGUGGACUU